AUGGCAGAAGAAUUGGCUGAAGAACUAAAGGUUCUGAUACAAGCUGAAGAACAAAAGAUGCUUAAGAUUUUCCUUGUUCUUAUUCUGAUUGCUGAUUUGUUUACUAGAGGAAUUGAUAUUCAAGCAGUUAACGUUGUUAUCAAUUCUGAUUUCCCUAAGAACUCAGAAAAGUAUUUGCACAGGGUUGGACGAUCAGGGAGAUUUGUGAAGCUUGGUUUAGCUGUUAGCCUUGUUACUUUUGAGGAUCACUUCACUUUUCCAGGUUAUACUAGAUGGAUCAAUCAUGGAGAAUGGGAUAUGAAGUUGAAUGUUGAAGAUGAUAUGGAUUGCUCGCGUGAUGUUAUUGAUGGAUUGUUGAAUGAUCAAUUUAGAGAUGUUGCACAGGCAAAAAGAGCUUAUAAUGGUCCAAAUAACGAUGUCAAGAAAUAUUAUAACUUAGUUGAAGAGCACAAUUUGUUACGCCAUAACCUUGAAAUGCACAUAGAGAAGAACAUAGUUGAUAGCAUUCUUGGAUCUCUUUUGGAUAUUCAUGGAAAAACAAAGGAUCAUGCAAAAGCCCUGUAUGAUUUAAAAGAGAUGGGAAUUAGAAAUAAUCUUCAUCCAAAAGAUGAUGGAGAUGAUAAGAGAACAAAGUUUGCAAAAGCUUGCUUCUCAAUGACAAAUGGAGAGAAAUCAGUUUUUGUGGUGUUUUAA